GGUGCAUUUUCUCACGCAUUCCCUUUUGGUGUCAACUCUGCGGACUCGAAUUGUCGACCUCAGUCAGUGUUCACGGCUGUCGAUAUCCCGCAUGAAUGUCCCUGCGCACCUCUUUGCUUCGAGCUGGAGGCGUGGUCCGGGUUCACGCUCCGAGACAACAGCGGAUUGGACGGAGAUUCGCCCAUAGUGACGCCGCCGAUUCUACGUACAAGCAGGUACACGAUGAUUUUGCGAAGGACCAGAUUGAAGGGUUUGCCAGGUCAUUGAAGAAAUCGCGAAACAAACGCGACGAUAUUCUCGCCUACUAUCCCAGCGUAGCGUCCCAGGUGCGAUGGUCGUUGUCUAAUAAUCCUAAACCUAUCAUUACAAAGGCGCCUGUGACAUACGUUGAACAUCUUCAUAUCAUGGUCGAAACUCUUGCAGUGUCGGGACAGGGAUCUGACCUGAAGUGUAUCGAACAAAUUCUGAAGGACCUGCCCAUCGUUUUCCUCCUGGAUCCAUCCCCCGAAAUCCAUACCACCAUUAUACGCGGUCUUCCUGGCCAGCUGCAACCCACGGUCGAUCAAUAUCAUCUACUUCUAGAGUCGUGUGUAACAUCGGCUUCACCUCAAGUCUCCCUCAAAUUCAUGAAGUCUGUGCUCAAAGCCAUGCGUGACACUGGCUGCCAGCCAACCCAUGACACCUAUGCGAUUCUCAUACGGUACCUCUGGUCGAAACCUAAUCUGGUGCUCCCUCCCACGAUUUUCGAGACGUUGAUUCAGGAGAUGAGCGAAGAUUAUCUGCCUCUGAGUCAGCGGAUCGCAGACCUUCUCUACGAGGCAUACGCGGAUCGGGGGUUGAUGAAACUUGCCGACCAGAUUUUGCAGACCUAUAGAAAGUCUGUUCCAACGACUUUAAUCACCCCCGACCAAAUCAGGGAUGCAAGGUGGUUGGAUAGUCUGUCGAAGGAGUCAUACCGAACAGGUGUAAACGGUGCUCUGGCAUUGUUCAGAGACCUGCAGAAAGAAGGAGCGGUGGGAACCGCAGAUGUUCUAAAAGCUCUCUUGCGAGGAUCCACCACCACCGAGGAUCUCAUGAAAGCCCAGGAAGUCACCGGAAUCCAAGCGACCGCCGACCACUGGUCUAUGCUCACGUCGAAAAGCGCUCGACGAGGUAGAUUAUCCCACGCGUUGUCCAUUUACAAGGACAGCAGAGAAGCUGGGAUUGCUCCCACCUUAGCUGUUUUGGGUCCGUUGAUCAGAGCGUUUUGUUUGGUCGGUACGGAAGAUUCAUUGGAUGAAGCUUUUUCGCUAUACCAAGACCUCACUGCUGCGAACAAGCCUGGCAGUUCCGCCACUCAAAAUAUAGGACCUGAUAUCGCCAUCUAUCAAUCCAUGUUGAGUGGUCUUUCCCUAUUUCCCAAUUCCACGAAAGCCCUCGAUAUUGCCAACAUUCUCCUGGCAGACAUGAGCGCCAGGGACAUAUCUCUCAAUGGCAUGGGCCAAGAUAUCAUUUCAAUUCGCAUACGGAAUGCCUCCGAUGAAGCAGAGGCAUACGAAAUCUAUGAAGAUCUGAAGCACACAGUACAGGGCCUCGGUUUUGUCAAAGUUAUGGAUGCAUUUUGCGCUCUGUCUCAUCGCAGCGGAUUACAUAUCCCGUCCCUCGAAAAAGUUUUUACAAUUGUUGGCGAUAUGAAACGUUCUGGACAGGGCAUAAAUCCAUCCGUCUACACCAUGUUGUUGGGUCAUUUCAACGAAAUCGCUCUCCGAAUGGAGGAACAAAGCCCCUCCCCCGAGUUUGUUGACAGAUAUUGCGACACUGUCCGCCGUAUACAUGACCUUCUCGUUCUCGAAUCAUUCUCCCCGGAGGCUCCGUUAUGGAACUUGCUCAUGGACACGUACCGGCGUGUUCAGCGGCAUCAUGACGUAUACCGUGUUUGGGAGCAGAUUUUUCUCUCAGGAAAGUAUGAUCACGAGAGCGUCAAUAUCGUACUGGGCUCGUGCGGUCUGUCUCAUGACCUGCCUGCAGCGAGAAACGUUUACAUGCGGUUAAAUGAAGGGGAAUAUGCUUUCACCAAGAAGAACUGGGAUUCGUGGGUCGAAUGUCUCUGCCGCUCAAACCAGAUCAAUGAAGCAGUGAAGACCGUGUGUGUAGAGAUGGGGUGGAAAAACGUGCAACCUGACGAGGCGACAGUUCGGGUGCUGCUGGAUUACACAGAGAAGAGUGGUUUAGCAAAAGAGGUAAUGGUGCGCAUAGAACGUCAUUUGCCUCAAGUUUGGGCGAACCUUCCUAUGGACCUAAAAGAAGCAGGUUCGAAAUGA